AUGCCAGGCCAACAGACACGCCAAUGGGUUCUUGCCAACCCGCCGGUCAACGACCCCGUCAUCGAGGGCAAGGACGCGACCUUUGAGCUCAAGACCGUCGACCUCCCAAGCCCAAGCGCUGACCAGGUCCUCAUCAAGAUACUCUACUUCUCAAAUGACCCAGCGCAAAGAGGAUGGAUUCAGAAGGACAUGGACCCUGAGCGCCUCUAUGUUCCACCAGUAAACGAGGGCGACAUCAUGCGUUCCUUUGCCAUCGCCGAGAUCGUCGAAUCUAGCACCGAUAGCCUGCCCAAGGGUCAACUCGUCAUGGGCACCUUCGGCUGGACCGAGUAUGCUGUUGUCUCCGCCAAAGAGGUCCGCCCCAUUCAAGCCGAUGAGAGCGCCGGUAUUCGUCCCACACACUUUGUUGGAGCACUUGGCGGAACUGGUCUAACCGCAUACUACGGUCUCAUCGACAUUGCGCGUGCUACCGCCGCCGACACCGUCGUCGUUUCUGGAGCUGCGGGCGCUACUGGAUCGAUGGUCGUGCAACUCGCCAAGAACGUGCUCGGAUGCAAACGCGUCAUUGGUAUCGCGGGUGGUGAAAAGAAGUGCCGCUGGGUCGAGAGUCUCGGCGCGGAUAUCUGCGUUGACUACAAGGCUGCUUCUUUUGAAAAGGACUUGAUCAAGGCUACAGAAGGAUACGUGGAAGUCUACUUCGACAAUGUCGGUGGCGAUAUCUUGUCGCUUAUGCUUGGUCGCAUGAAGCGCCACGGACGCAUUGCUGCUUGUGGUGCUGUUGCAACAUACAACUCCAUGGGCGACAGUGGUGUGAAGAACUGGUUCGAGAUUAUCAGCAACCGAAUUGAGGUCAAGGGAUUCAUUGUUAUCGACGCUUUGGAGUCUGGCAGGGCUGGACAGAUUGUACCAGAGUUGAUCAAAGGAGUCAAGGAGGGCAAGAUUCAGGUUGGACCUGAGACCGAGACUGUGGUUAAGACCAAGUUUGAGGAUGUGCCCAAGACUUGGAUGAUGCUUUUCCAGGGUGGCAAUACUGGAAAGUUGGUUACCGAAAUCCAGGGCUAA